AUGGUAUCUGUCGAUUCUUUAAUUGAUGAUUUUGUUCGGCAAAACUCAAGGAAACUUGUCUUAAUUACGAGUGGUGGUACCAGAGUACCAUUGGAAAAAAAGGUGGUUCGAUAUAUUGACAAUUUUUCUAUGGGUACACGAGGUGCUGCUAGUGCUGAGUAUUUCUUGAUGAAAGGCUAUGCUGUGAUAUUUUUUCACCGAGAUAAUUCUCUGAAGCCUUUCAGACGAAAGUUCUGUAAUUUAUUUGAUCACCUAGUUGUGAAUAACUCAGGCAAGAUCGAAGUUCAAAAUAUGCCGGGUUUAUUAGAAGCAUUGACGUUAAAUAGUGAGCUUUCUGAUCGUCUCCUGAUGAUAUCAUUCGUUGACGUAUCCGCGUAUCUGAUGACUCUCGAAAUGAUUUGCCUGCGUCUUCGGUCUUUGGGUUCUUCUCUUCUGAUUUAUCUUGCCGCUGCUGUUUCGGAUUUUUAUAUAUCCGAGGAGAAUUUACCAGAACACAAAAUUCAUUCAAAUCAAGGAAGUUUGCAAUUGUCGCUCAAUAUUGUUCCUAAAAUUUUGCAAAAACUGGUUAGAGAUAUUGUGCCAAAAGCAUUCGUCGUUUCGUUUAAGCUGGAAACUGAUGAAACGGUAUUGGUUAGUAAAGCGCGUCAGGCACUGCAGAAUUACGGACAUCAGUUAGUAAUUGGAAAUAUACUGGAUACAAGGAAAGAGCGAGUAAUAUUUGUCAGUAAUGGUGAUAAAGAGGAGACAAUAUGCUUGAACGAUGAACAAAAAGCUGCAGGUGUUGAAAUCGAACAAUCGAUUGUUGACAAACUUGUUGAGAUGCAUGACAAAUUAUUACUUAACAUAAAAUAA